AUUGGGCCAUUAACACCUGGGGAUGGGCAGAUUGGGCUGCUGUUGGAUGCUGUCUCCUGAUAGGCUGUUGACCUGCUGCCAGCUCAGGUUAAAAAGGCCCAUCUCAUCUUAGUAAAAUUACAGUCGUAUCACUUUCAACUACAGCUUGCUGCGUUUGACCAGUGGACAGAACUCACAUUUCAAAAUCAGAAAUGGCCUCUAAACAGUAAGUACAUUUAGUCAGUACGCCUUAUGCAGCAGGCUUCUUAAACUCAGUUUAGCUUGUAUCAUUUUAUCAGUGGAGUUAGUUAGGUUUGUGGAAGUCAAAUCUUUAAAAAUCUAAAGAGUCUUCUAGAACUUAGUUCUUCUAGAUAAUUAAAAAAAACCUUUUAAAUUUAGAAGUUUAGAAAACCUCUGAAGAGGACAGAUAUUUGUGAGAGGAGAGCAGUUUGUACACUAGUUGUGUUGUUAUUUUAUAUUUGACUUGUAAAUCCUAACUGCUGGUAUGAUCUUGGUUUAAGAAAUAAUUGAGACAAUUUAAUUCUUCUCUCAUAAUAAAUGUCAUAUUAUUAAAUAGGUUUAAAAUAAUAUGGUUAGUAACAGUAUUAUAUUAAUAUGAAAUUAAGUUUUGUCUUAAAACUCUAAUCAAAAUAUCCGGCAGACAUUGCUGUGUGUGUUUGUGUGCUCAUUUCUUUGUUUCUUUACCUGGAGUUGGGGGUGGGGUGUGGUGGACCCCAAACCUUACCAAAACUGCUCUUGGUCUCUUCAUUGUAUAACAUUUUGAUUUUAUUAUCCACACAGAUCCUUCCACAGCAGGAUGUUUUUCCUCUGUCCUGUGUGCAAAAAGGCUCCUCACUCUCUUCCUGGGCAUCUCAGGAAGGUGUGUAUGAGGAACAGCACAGAAGCAGAGAUCCAGGCUGUCGUUAAAGAGGCCAAGAAGGAGUUGUCUGAAUUCUGUCACAAAGGACGUUUCUGGGAGUUUGGAAAAAUUUGUGACAUAUUGGACUCUACUAAUCCUCUGGCCAGGAUGAUUGCGGAGAUGCAGUCAAAGGGGUUGGUGAUUAAUAACUUACCUUCAGUCCUCCCGGAACCAGCUCGGUCGACAACAUCUUCUGUGCCUCAAAGCUCUGGAGAAGGUGCAGAAAGUUCAUUGGAGCCUCCAAAUGAGUCCUUAUCCGACGAGAGCUCGGGAGAGUACUAUCAGAGCACUGGUGGACCGAUGUGGACCUCUUCCGUGAGGGUGGAGAUGGUCAAAAAAGGCUUAUACAACAAGCACUCCAUUGACCACCCCCUUCUAGCAGGAUUUAAUAAGUACCUUUACACUGAUCUAGGAUAUAAAAACAGCAAACAAGUAGUGGAAACAGUGUCCAGGUUCUUGCAUUACAUGGACCCCACUGAGCCAAACUUGAUGUUUGUUCGGCGGGUGGAGAAAGUGCGAGAGUACUUUAACAUCUUGUCAGAUACAAAGCUCUCAAAAUGGACAGUAUUCAACUACUCGAAGAGUCUCAAGAGGUUCAUGAAAUACAUUAUUACCUCCACGGACAUUCGCCACAACAAUCCAGCUUUGUUCCAGGACUGUGAGAGUUUUAUGGAUGCGCUGUAUGGAAUACAGAGUGGCAUGUCCAAAGAAGUGAGCAUGGAGGUCACAGCAAAAAAAUCAGAGUUUGGUUGUGGCAAAGAAGUUUUGCCAAAGGACUGCCUUGCUGUUUUGGAGGCUGCAUUCAAAGAUUUCCAGGCCGUGAUAUGCAAAAUGCAGGGUCCAGGAGCCAUCACAGGGGACUGUUUGACUAAAAAUGAACGGCUGCUCGUCCUGUACUACCUGGAGGCUGUUAUCAUGCUGAAGCUAGUCCAGCGGCCUGGAAUUGUGACACACAUGACUGUUGAGGAUUGGGAGGGGAGAAGCCGGAUAGAGAAUGGUGUCUGUGUUGCAGUGAAGGAGCACAAAGUACCGUUGUCACACGAACAGGAACUUUGGUUCGACUUGUACUUCAAUGAGGUGCGGCCAGUAAUGCUGCAAGAAAACCGCACCGGCGAUGAUGUGGCAGUUGAUUCAUUUUUUGUGUCAAGUAGUGGGAGAUCGAUUUAUAAUCCCUCCAACGACUUAAAAAGACUACAUGACAAAUACAGUCUUCCCAGUGUGACGUGUGGCGAUGCCCAGAGAGCAUUUGAGGCAGCAGCACAAAACCUGUCAGAAGUGGAGAGAAAUGUGGCAGCUGAAAGGAACUACAUGAGGAGAACGUCUUCAGAUCCGUUUCUGGCUCUAAGUGUGCUAGAUCAGCUUGCUGGGAAAACACCACAAAGGUCCAGUAGAGCUUCCUGCUGUGAGACAAGGGUGGACGAACAGACGGCCUACAAAACUCUUGAGCAGUUCUGUCCAGUGACUCUGGAGGGGCCUCCUCCAAAAAGGUCACGCAGGACUGAGCUGUGUGGCUCAGAACAUGAGAGGCACUGCUAUGACCGCUGGCGUAGCGAGCAGCUCAAGCUGCGUGAACAGCAUGCUCUCGAACACUUUACUGGACAGCAGCCAUCAGAGUCCAAAAUAAGCCGCUGGAUGGACAAACAAGGGUGGACGUCAAACGUCCCACAGGCUGCAGUGGUUCUGAAGCAGUGGAAGCCUGUUGCCAGGUUGGACUUGGUCAUCGACAGCAGCUUUGUGAAAAAAAUGAUUUUGUCUCAACGCUGGAAAGGACUGACUGUCAGGCCCGUCCCUGACAAGGGCGAUGGUGUUUUCACCAAAAGACCAUUUCAGAUCGGGGAGGUUGUCUGUGAAUACCACGGCGAGCUGGUUAGCCAUGAAGAUGGGAUGGCAAUAGCUUCGACAAGCAGCAUCAGAGCUGGCCAUUUGUUUUUUUAUAGGAACAAGCAACAUGAAGCCAUGUGCAUUGACGCACAUGAAGAAAGUUGCCAGUGCCAUCCCAUGAAGUUCAAUUAUGGACGCCUGAUCCGUCACUCCAGCAAAAGAGCCAAUAUCCGGCCCAGGCUGUAUGUCCUUAAUGAUAGAGACAUCAUUCUCUUCAUUGCUACAAAAGACAUUUCGAGUGAUGAGGAGUUACUCUAUGAUUAUGGCUCAAAGAGGAGAUCUUUUGCCGGGAAAGGGUUGGAAUUGGACUGGAUGUAAAACAACAUCUUUCCAUCGCCCAUACUGACUCACUUCUAACAUGUCCAUCUCCAAGUUUCCACCCUUGGCCAUAUUCUCUUCUCUCUCUCUGGACAACCAUCACUGCUCUUCUCACCCUGGAGUACUCUUUCUGCGCUGCCAAGCAACAACAUUGCUCUCCAAAUAGAGACUUGGUUGUAAUAGGUUGAAUGAGUGGGCCUUACAAACCAUUCAUCUUCAGGCUACUCCAUAUUCUCUCCUCUCUCUCUGGAUUCUGUACAACACACGUGAAAUUACAGCCUGGUAAGUACGCUCAAACUGCGCUUAACCCUCCCUUACACCCAUCUUUAAGUUUCAACCAAAUUAUUGUGCACUUUCUGGUUGUCGUCUUCUUUUUGUUUCAGAUUACCAAGGCUUUUAAGGUCAGCAGACAUGCACCUCAAUGCUGAGAAUUAACCUGGCAUGUCAAUUCUUCAUUACCUAUGUUUCUCUAUGUUGUUUGAUUAAUGUUCAGAUUUUGUUCAUUUGGUUGCACUUGUAUGUACUGGAAGUUGUUUAUUUUCUUUAGUGUUGUUAUUACUUGAUAUUACUAUUAUAUAUACCGUCUUCUACUGUGCUGUUAUUUCACAUUCUUAUUAAAAUGUUGCAGAAAUGACCCAGAGUCACAAAGUUCUGUUUCAGUGCAUUCAUAUUAUGCUUUUUAAACUAAU